UCUCUAUACUCGAUAUCGUCGAGUGCACCCCGCACCCUUUUACAAUCUACGUCUGCGCGGCUCCCUGCGGCCGCGUCUAUAAAAGCGACGCGGAGCGUCACGACGCUCCAGACGUUGAGGUACGCGCGCCACGGGAAAUGUGAUCGAGCGUCGUCGUCGCCGUCGUCGUUGUCGUCCUAUCGAUACCUCGCUACCUCUAGUCUCUAUUUCUGUGCCGUCUCUCUCGGCUGACACCUGCCCGAAAGCGAGAGAACACGGUUGACAUAAUUCCGCGAAACUCCAUCGCCGAUUUCGUUCGGCAUUCGUGACACUUGUGACCAGCCAACGUACGCGUGUCACUACCUGAAGAUGUGAAGGAGGGAAGUCGCGCUUAAUGACCGGUCCUGAUCGAGAAAGAGAAAGGGAGGAACGAGGAAGAGAAAGGGAGUGAUUCAUACGCGCACAGUUACUGACGUAUUGCCGUUCGCCGUUUAUUGUGCCAGUGUGCAGUGACGUUUCUGUCGAUCGCCGUACGGAUUUGUCUCUGUCGUGAUGAAGCUACACGAGAAGAAAGAGUCCGGCAUCCACAGGGUGCAGGAGGUGCCGCUCGAGGAGCUGGAGCUCUCGAAAGAAUACAACGUGGAGAAGACUUUGGGCGAGGGUAGUUUCGCGAAGGUCUUAUUAGCGACGCACAGGGCCACUCAGACUAGAGUGGUGCUGAAGGCGGUCCAUCAGGAGCUCACGUCGGAGAAGGAUUUUUACCGUGAAUUUCACUACUCCUACCACUUGAGCCCACAUCCUAACAUCCUCUGCUCGUACGCGGUCGCCUUCAAGGCGGAGAAGUGUUUCGUCUUCGCGCAAGAGUACGCACCCUACGGUGACCUCGCGGGCAACGUGAAGGCCGGCGGGCUGAGCGAGGACGCGUGCAAGAGGAUUGCCGGCCAGCUCGCCUCCGCCCUGGAUUUCAUCCACUCGAAGCAGCUGGCGCAUCGCGACAUCAAGCUGGAAAAUGUACUGGUGUUCGCGCAGGACAUGACGAAGGUGAAGCUCUGCGACUUCGGCUGCACGAGACGCGAGGGCACCCUGGUGAACAAGAUCCGUUGCACCUGGGUGCCGUUCCAGCCGCCUGAGAUCCACGAGGUCAUCAAGAACGAGCGGUACGCCUGCAAGAGGAGCUCGGACUGCUGGCAGUUCGCCAUCGUGCUGUUCGUCUGCCUGACCGGCAAUCCGCCAUGGCAGAGCGCCGAUUCGAUUCAGGACCCGGACUACUCGGCCUUCCAGCGAUGGCUGAAGAGACGCACCACCAAAAUCCCACCGACGUUUAGACGGUUCACGCCGCGACUGCUGCGCUACUUCCGCCGCGCGUUCGAGCACAAGUCGGAGAAGAGGCCGCACGUUACCGAGAUCAACAAGUACCUAAAGGACUCAUGGUGCAUCAGCAAGAUCAGCCACAGCGCGACCUCCACAUCGGUCGACGUGAGCGAGAGUCUGGCGAGGCGCGGCGACAGUCUGCUCUACCUCGACACGAUCUUGGAUGACCGGCAUCACUUCGACGAGAACAAGAACAAGCUGAGGAAGCUGCUCAACAGCUAUGGCCUGGAAACCACGGUGGACCAAAAGGUCGUCACCAAAAGGAUAUGGGAGUGGGUGAUGCAAUGCGACUCCAACGUGGGCGAGCCUGGUCUGAUCAGCGGUUAUAGCACGGAGGAUAUGUGAGAGAUAACAAGGACCUGCAGCGAGCCGUGCCUUCGGCCCGCUCAGGAGGAACUGAGGAAGUUCCGAAUGGGCAGCCUUCACGUGCGGACCUCGUACGGAUGUGCCAAGUAAUUCGAGGGAAUCACGAGCCGGAGUAGUUCACGAAGUAGCAUGAGCGAGCCAGGGAGUGCUCCCCACUACUCGAGGAACGGAACACGGCUGCACCGAUGUUCCAGAGUGUCGAAAAUUCUAUAUAUAUAUAUAUAUAUAUAGACGGACCAAUUAGCAACACAGACUUCCUUGAUUAGCGAGAGAAUGAAGAUUCGAGAAAUGAGAAUGUUCGUAGAGAAAGAGAGAGCGAUCGGCGAGUUAGAUAAAGAUAACUCCCGCAAUGAAGAAUCCCAGAAGAAGAUGUCCAUGUCCAAGACACGUUAUAUAGAUUCCUGAGAGACGUCCUGAUCUCUUGACCGUCUCUUAGAUGCCUGUGAAUUUCGCGUUGUAUUGGGGCCUCGCGAAGAAAGAUACAAGAUGGUCUCUCGAGGUAUAAGAUGCUCUAGCAAUUAAUUGUAAAUGUGAUAUACACGUAUCUAAGUAGGUAGACAGACAGAGAUUGCAAGAAUUCGCUCUUUAACCGAGGCAAGAGCGGUGUUGGAGGUCAAGCUGGCGAUUAGCUCGGUGUACUAACUGUAGAGACAAUAAUACUGGCGCGUAUAAGAUUUACGUCACGUUAGUCAGUUAGUUAUGUUAGUUCCGAUGGUAAACUGAUGAUCUUAGCGAUGCCUUAUGCGCGACUAGACGCGAGGUUAGAGAAAGAGAGAGAGACAGAGGGAGAAAGAGGGAAAAAGAGAUAAUCACUUACAGAUAUUUUAUAUAUUGUCAAAAUCUGAGUAAAGAAUAAAAAGAUACCCGUUUUCGUUCAUGUGAUAGCGACAUAACUAUCAACAACUCUGUCUCUCUCUCUUUCUCUUUCUCUAGGCAAGAGACGAAUGAGCGAAAAGACUGUAUAAUCCAAACCUAUAGGUCGGAGAUAAUCUGUUCUAUCCAGUGAAAUCGGACGAGAAUGACCAAAAGUUCGAAUUUUCCGCUGCGCGACCCCACGAGAAGCCCGCAACGCACGCGUUGAGUCACCCUUAAGGACGAUAGACCGAGACAUGAUACACGUUCGUUAAACGUACACUGAGAAAAGGUGCACUGAGAAAAAUUUGUUUGUGAAAUAUAAAAUUCCACGAAAUAAAGUUUGUUUCUGCGAAAUGAGCUUUAUUUCUGCGAAUGAACCUUUUAUCCCGCAAAUAAAAUUUCACAUGUUUCUCUCUCAGUGCAAAUUUUUCAGGAGAAAGUGCCGUAAAGCUUAGGAAACCGACAUAGUCGUAGCGAAUACGCAAGUACAGGGAUCACACAUUGCGAGGACGGACGAUUACACUGAAUACUACUACUAGAUUCGUUCACGGCGACGCGCAAUCAUACAGAUGUAAAUACAUUUCUACACGUAGAGACAGAUAUACACCCGCGCGUUCGCCGUUCGUACGUGUACAUAAUACAUAUACGUGUGUACGUAUAUAUGUAGCCAUAUGUAUAGUACACAUAUAUUCUUGUAGCGGUUUAUGGUGUAGCGCAUAGGGAUUCCGUUUGUACGAUUAGUUACGCCACUUCGUAACGGUGAUAUAGACGUAGCGCGUAAUUCGUAAUUUCACACACGCUGCGACCCCGACGACGGUCGUAAUGGUCUCGCAAACGACCCCGCAAGUUCGGAAACACUCACGGAUAACGACGCACGAAACGAGCUCGUUUUCGCGAAUGGACGCCGCGAGUCGGUUGCGAAAUUCCUCGCAGUUUGCAUCCAGCGGGAAAGGUGUGCGCUGAUCUUGAGAUCAAAGAGUCGCAUGACAAUUUCAAUCAUAAUUAUCGCAGACAAUCACAGUUAAUGGUAAAUUUCGACGAUAAUUCUGGCGAAUCUAAUCUUCCCGAACGCUGUCUAGGUGAGAUCACUAGCAAGAAGCUAAAUGAUACUUCGCAAAACUCGAGCGUGAAGGAUGCAAACCUCUCUCUCCUUUGUCUCCUUUGAAUUUCACAACCUAAUCGUUAAUCGAAUGAACUGCACGCUGGUGAAUCGGCUUUAAAGGACUACAGUCGGGGUCUUGCGAACGCGUGUUUCGAUACAUUUGUACGCUGAAUGUGGAAGAGGCGUUGCGACGACGCAGGUAAACAAUUCCGCGAUUAUCUCAUCACCGCCGCUUCUAUUGUCCGACGCGUAAUAAGUGACUAUCAAAGACGUGUUGAAUAGGUAACGAGAUACUUCGCGUGGAAGCCGACGUAUGUGGCCUCCGUCGGCGCAAGAAGCGUGAUGUUUUGUAUAUAUUGGAAUAAAUCUUGAAAUUGUACAAAAUGGAAA